AUGCUCUCUGGAAAGACCGUCAAACUCAUCCUUUAUGAGCUUCUGCAGUUCGCAUGUCUCUGUAUUCCUGUGUUUGUAGUAAUGGAGCGCUUUGCUUCUGUCAUUCAUAUUGUGACGUCUAGUGUCACUGCCUACUGGCUGGUGGUGGCGGCCUCGGUGGCCUAUGUGGCGUCUGUAACCCUGUUUGUGUGGGUUCCUUUGAAGUACUUCAUCCUCAAGACACAGCGCUUCUCAGAAGUGACCAACUGGAGACCUGUUACACUUGCAUACGUGAUCCUCAGCACUUUACCAUGCUUUGCUAUAAUCAUAGCCAGCUCAAAGGUUCAAGUUGAUGCUGGCGUUAAGUGUGACCGCUUCACUGAGCUCCCGGUCUCUCUGGUCUUGUUCUCCCUCAUUUGUGUGGACAUAGUGGAGAAAAUUCGCCCUCUUCGCCUGACGGGACAGGCAAGCGGAUUAGAGUUGGAUUUUGAGAUGCCGGGCCCGGUGUUGACUCACUUGGAACAGGCGACGUCAGUGUCCGGACAGCUGCAGGCUAACGGACGGGACGUCGAUGCGUCUCCAAGAUCGCCGGUCAGGAAUGGGACACUAUCAGGACGUUGGAGGGAUGCAGAUGAAGGCGGCACCUCUCGCACCAGCAGCACAGCAUAUCUCUACUCCUCUCAUUCUUACUCAGGUCCGUUUCACUUUGUCUGGAUUCGAGACCCUCGGCAUGAUCUCUUUGUGGCCACCUUCAUGUUUUGGUUUGACACCGUGGAAAUGGUGAGGGUGGCCGGGACUGAUUCGGUGUAUUACUCAGGGUGGGUGUUUCCCAUAUACAUACUGGCUUAUCUGUCCAUCCUGCGUGUUGUUAUAACUCCAGACAGUCCUUUGCUGGCUUCAUCAAGUGUUCUCUCCCAAGAUUUGCCCUUCCUGGUGGUGCGUAUAUGCCUGUUGGCUGUUUUCGGUUACGUUACCCCUGUGCUGUACAUACUAAAGAACAUUUUCACUGCGGUAUCUUUCAUGUACUUUGUCUUUAUGACUAAACUAAAACUGCUGAACAGAGGAAGCAUGUUCUGAGGGCAUUAUGGAAAUCCAUGCAGAUUUACAGCUCAUGUAUUGUAGAUUGU